AUGAUGCGAUCUGUCAUGAUCGCGACCCACAUUGCCACCUUGUACUGGUUCUUUGGCACUACUGCUCUAGCUCAGUCAUCAUCAGCUUCAUUCGCAUACCCGCGCACUACAACUGCCACUUCUCACAAUAAACUUCGUCGACACGAUCGUGGGGCGAACAUUCGCGUCGCAACCAGCGGAAACACAUCUUUCUCGCCUAGCAUCGAUAUAUCAGCUGUCAAUGGCCCAAUAUUUAACAUCACGUCGAUCGCGAGCCAACAAACAACAACGUACGCGUUGCAGUCCACGACUGCACUGUCACCUAGCGAUGCAUCUCGAUCUACUGCCGCGUCAACUACUAGACCGAACAGUGUGAACGGGCAACCGAGUGCCACGAAAACGCCAUCGAUCUCCAGGACGAUCGACGGUACAAGCCAGCCAACAGCCUCGCAGACCGAUAGUGAAGCGCCGAGCGAAAGCAAGGAGGGGCUACCCAUGGGCACGAAGGUAGUUAUAACGAUCGGAGCAAUCGCAGGUUCCAUCGCGCUCCUUGCUCUUGGUUUCAUGGUCUGGCGCAACAAGCGAAAAGUUGAUACACUGCAAUCGCGAUGGUCGGAUGAUCAACGGGUUGGCUACACAUCACCUCAUGAUACGGAUGCAUUGCCGUCAGUUUGGAACACAGACACGUUCAAGCAGACGAUCGCGAUGGAGCUUGAGCCUGAACCAUAUCGCGCGCCUCAAGAGUUGGAGGGAUCUAACGUUGUGGUCAGCAAGCCAUAA